GUUGAACUACUUUGAGGCACUGUUUUGUUUCGUGGCUUUAAAAUAAGAUUGAAAUUGUUGACAAGACACGAGACGGUGGCUUGGAGAAAUUCGAGAACUAUAUAAAACAAGAAUGUUGGAGGGAGUUUUAGAGAUGUGUUUGUGUUCGAUUCUCAUCGUGUCAGGAUGGCCACCGGGACAAGCAAGGCCUUACAUUAAAGAUUUAAGAUGGUCAGCUGGACAAUCAGAGACGUCCAUUAAAGAAAACGCAACAGAUGAUGACAACACGACGCUCUUGAACAUUCGGCAUAAGCAUCUCCAAGGCCAACAGAAAGUCAAAGCAAUGACAGUCGAUGACGAAUCAAACUUGGGGGACGAAGAAGAAAACCCGGAGAAUGGCAGAGAGAACAAAAGAGAGAAUGACGCAGAGGUUGACACAGAGGUUGACACAGAGGUUGACAAAGGGGGUUGUACAGUUUCUGGUCUCUGUGAUGAUACAAAUAGCAGUGAGCCUGUUUAUUCUACUGCAUUGGUUGUGUAUGAAGAGUAUAAUGACGAUUACCACAAUAACGACAUGAUAUCGGAAGUAGACCAUGAAGCAUCAGAACAAUAAGAUACGCAAGAUCACUCCGACGCGGGCACGUUGCCCUGCCUCAUCGUGGCGCCCGCGUGGAAACGGCCAUAAGAGGAAGUGGCUAGGCUAAAUGGGUAGCAAAACAUGACUCCCGUGGGGAUGCCCACGGGUAGACGAGAGUCAACCCAUAGCACGGGCGGGGUUGUAAAAAAGUCCCCACGAACACGUCCCACAUCCAUGCGCUGUUCCUCAAAGGGACCGUUACAUCAAUGGCGGUUCCCACACAGCUAGCUUGGUACAACGAAGGAAAAUGACGAUGGCUCCCGGUGCCCUAGGCCUUCGGCCAUGUGCAGCCAAGCAUGCGUCGGGGCCAAAGGCAUUGGAAACAGCAAUGUUUUACAUAGGCAUUGACUCGGGUCCCUCUCAAACAGAACUGUGUUCCCACAGGUUUGUUUUUUUUUACUGUUCGGCUGGACGACCAAACAGGUUUUUUUUCAAACUUAGAGCUCGAAGAGCCUUCGGCUCAGCUCUUUGGACAUCAACAAGAUCACUCCGAUAACUCUUCCCGUCUGCAGUGAUCUAGAGGAGAUAAGCGUGGCCAAUAAGCUAUGAUCAAUCAAAAUACAACUAUCAAAAUGUUUUGAACUUUAGAAUCGACGAUUAAAUAACAGGAUAAUU